CACAAAAGAUACCAUCACCCGCAUCUGUGCAAUCAAAAACCACACACUCAUUCAGAGCCAUUUACGGCGGCCCUGAGUUCUUCGACGAGCGGCGGACUCCACACAGGCAGCCCAUCCACACUCCACGCACACGCCACCUAAACCACAGACAGACAGACAGACAGAGAGGGAUGAACACAUGCAUCUGACUCCCACACACACACUGACCUCUUCAUCGAAAGGAAUGCGCCAUUGUCUGAAGUAUUGCCUGAGGUCAUGUUUGGCCGCCCGGCUCAGCCGCACCACCCACUGCACACGCUUGUCGCCGUCGCUCGCCGGCCGCUCGCUGGCCGGGAGAUGACGGUACUCCUCAAACACACACAUAUACACCUCCCAGCCAAAACUGACACAGACACAUCAUCAGACAGAGAGAGAGAGAUGCAGACAGACACGAGCAUGCGGCCGGCCGCUUGCUUACUGUUUCUGUAGGUAAGCGUAUGAGACGAGUGCGAGCCCGGGGUCUCUGCACCAGUGGCCGCUGAACGUCUGUGAGGUGUCUGUGAGGUACUUGAGGGCGCUGGAGAGGUGCCCACGCAGCCAGGGGGCAUCCCAUGCAGGUAUGCCCAGCACCUGGUCCAUGGUGAACAGCGAGAAGAGAUUGACAGUGACCUCCUCAGUCCCCCUGAACGUCCACUCUCUCUCCUGCCUGCACACACACACAUACAGAGACACACACACACACACAGAGAGAGAGAGAGAGAUACGUGGCCCUGCAGCCACCCUCGAGCACACAAACACACAUGUGUACCUGUUGUGGCCGAGCUCGUGGAAGAGCCCCCAGGUGCCCUUCUGUCUGAUGGCAGGGAUGUCGACGAUCGGCGGUGCCCCGUCGGCCAUCUUGACGCCGGGCGGGCGGGCCACGUCCAUGUGACACAUUAUGGGGUAGCCCGAGUGCAUGUAGCCUGCACACACAGGUGGGUGUCUGGGAGAGGGGAGGGAGGGGGGCUCUUGCUGCUUUCACCCACCACAGGUGAUUUGGACGUCGGGCACAAUUCGUUCCUUGCGUGAGGGGUAGGGCCAUCGGCACGACAGCACCAGCUGCGCCUCAACCACACUGUCCCUGCACCCAUCCGUCCACACGCAUCGCAUCAUGUCUGCCUGAUGCUGUGGAUUCACUGACCAGAAUUCGACCACCUCUCGGGGAUCCUCCACCUUCUCUAGAGUGCUCCUGGGCAGAGAAAUCACCACUCUUCGCCCCUCCAGCUCCCCCCACGGCCCCCCGUAGCACACUCGCUCACGCCACGACGAACGACGCCCAUACGGAUACCCCACACAAGGGCCGGCCGUCUCUCCCUUCGUCUCUUCGCGCUCUUCGUGUUCGAGAGAGUACCACGGACACAGGACGCCCCCACUGAGUGUGACCGUCGUUGGUGCGCCGUCGGAGGGCGUGCUGGUGUUGUGUGUGCUGUGGCUGCAUUCGAUGUAAAGGAGGCCGCCGAAGGGUGUGGCGGUGGUGAGACUGUGGUCGUGGGCAGGGUCCCAUGCGACGGCGUGGGUGACGUUUGGCCAUCGCUUGAGGGGCGUCUGGGUGACCUUGUCGGUGUGGCAGCCGAUGCGCACCGUCAGGCGGCCUGCAGGCACACACAUGACAUCGAUGAUAUGGAUCGACCCAUGCCGACAGAGAGAGUGCGUGUAUGCUCAUGUGUCUGUGUGUGUUUCUGCUAACAUUUUAUCUCAGUAUUGCCGACGAGGGCGUCCACAAAGCCGCGCAGCGCCCCUCCUCUCCUUCUCGCCCCACACGUCAGCUUGAUGACCUCACCAGGUGGCACAUACACACCUGCACACACACACACACACACACACUCACAACAUGAGACACACGCCCCCCUGCCCACCUGCCCACCUACCAGUGCUCUGCCAUCCCAGGCGUGAAGGGUCGAUCUGAAUGGGGAAGGCAUGCAGCCGGGGGCAGUCGACGGCCACGCUGCCCAGCAGGCCCUCAAUGCCCGGCGCACGAGGCACCCCCUCCAGCGGCAUCGAUCGCCACGUCCGGUCGAAGCAGAUGACCUUCACGCCGUUGACCACAUCACGCAGGCUCCUGUUGCCCAGCGGCCACUCGAUGCCGUCCAAUGGGCCACCACCACCACCACCACCACCGCCACAGGCAGCAGAGCAGAAGACCUCACGCGCACUGCCGACGAGCUGGCGGCAUGCGUGUGUGGGGUUCGGUGUGGGCGUCUGCUGGUCUUGUGUGAAGAUGGUUUGGAGAGUGUGUAGGGGGAGGCUGGGGAGGGACGAGCACAGGAGGGGGUAGACCACAUCCGAGACCUCCUCGCCGUUCCUGCACACACACACACACCACAGAGUGAUGCAUCAUUGCGUGUUCUGUGCGUGGGUCUGCUCACUGUGCGGCCGAUUUGCACGCUUCCAUUGCGUCGGCGACGUUCCGCUUGCACCAUGGGUGUGAGUCGUCACACACAAAGACGUCCCCAUGGCUGUACUGGUUGGUGUAGUUGAGACCGACAUGCUGCAGCACCGCGUUCUGGAGGGACUCUGACCUCACACACCUUCAACACACACACACACACACACGCACACACAAGAGUCAGGAAUCGAUGGAAGACGUUUCAUCUUACCUGUUGCCGGCGACUUGCUCCCACCCCCAGGGACACAGCCCGACGAGGAGGCCGCCCCCCGUGUGGACAUACUUGACCAGCGCCCUCACUCUCGGAUCAUCACACGAACUGACACAGACAAAGCACCCAGGGAAACAAGGAGAGAAAUACCCGCUCUCUGUGCGCUCUGUGUUCGUGUGGUGCUGAUGGUCUUCUCCCUACCUGAUUAUCUCCUGUCUGGCGUCAUACCACGGCGCGAGAACAAUCACCGACGGACGUCGCUGCCUCUGCACGAGAGCCACCAGCCCGCCCACAUCGCCAGUGUCAGCCAAGCCAUCGACAGCGCCGUGAAUCCACCACCGCUCCCACCCAAUGACCGACACACUGAUGCCGGUGGUGAUCUCCCCCUUCCCGCCCCCCAGCCACCGAAGAAUACUCUGCACAAACGUGCCCCCUGCCUCAUUCCGAAGGUAAUCCUCCUUUGCCAUGGCGACCACACGGCCGUUGCCGUAGAGUGCCGCUGCAGCGAUGGUCUGCUUCUCGUUGCCGAUGAGUGAGAAUGCGGUUGUGCUGAUGACGUCGACAGUGCCUGGGACGCCUGAGCGGGGGAGGGGUGUGACGCCGUCGAGGAGGUGGGCGCGGUGAGGGCGGGGGUCGAAGGCAUCGCUGUCGUCAUCUGGCUGCUCGCUGAGGUCCCAUGUGACAGUGCUGAGCAUGAAAUGGACCUCGUUCACACCUGCACACGACAGACAGACACACACACACACACACGCGUGUGCCCACCUCCCUCCCUGCCUGGUGGGUCUGUGGCUCCUACCGACAUAGUGCGCUCCGUGGGUGCCGUCAAACACAAGCCGCCACCACCUCGCCCCCUCAUGACCACCAUCUCCAUCUCCCAGGCCGAUCUCGUGCCACCGAGAUGAAUCGUCGAGGCUCUUCGUCGCCACCUCGGUCCACUCCCCCGCCUCAUCAGCACCGUGUUUGCCCUCCACCGUCACUGUCCGUGGCGUCGCAUGCGCGUUGGCACACCACACACGCACACAGGCAAGCCGCUGAGGGCGGGAGAGGUCGAACGCUAUGAAUGCCCCGCUGACAACACACACCACACACAACACCACAUAUGUGUUAAAUCGUCGGCAGCCCAUACGCAUGGCUGUGUGUGUGUGUGUGUGUGUGGUGUUACUUCGUGUGUGUGGUGGUCCACCAGUUGCCGCUGUGCAGCACCGAGGAGGCAGACGAGCACUGGUGGGAGAAAUCAGAGACUGUCACACCCUCCACCUGCACACAACACAAAGAGAAGGCCGUCCAUCCAUCCGUCCAUCCCCGCUCUCUCGUAGAUGAAGGAAGGGCUGUCGCACCGGCCCAUGGGCGCACCUUGGUCAGUGUUGCCCGACGAUGCACCGGCAUGAUGUUGUGUUGUGUCCGACUCGGGACUUGGGAGGAGGGAGGGAUCAGCGACAGAUGCCAGAAGAAGAGUGAGGCGUCAUGAAGGAGUCACUGUGGAAGUAAGUGGGCAGUCCUGUCCUG